AUCUAUGAAGACUCUCUUCCAGUUGACCAGUACAGUCAGUCACCAGAUGAGGAGGACUACGACCGCACUGGAGUCACCAUGAUCACGGAGGAGGUCUUUCCAAUCGCCUCCACCACCGAGUCCCACUACGCCAAGGAGGACACCGAGACCAUGCAGGUGCCGUACCGUCCUGCAGGCCCGGACACCGACUCCUUAGAGGAGUCUGGAGAGGAUGCUGCGCUCGGGGAGGAGGGCCCGACAGAGUGCGACUGUGAACCUGGGGGGCCCGGGUUUGCUGGUUUUGCGGGACCAAAAGGGUCAAGAGGUCUUCAAGGGCAAACUGGUCAGCCUGGAAUUCAAGGCAGAGAGGGUUAUAAGGGAACCAAAGGAGUUGUGGGAAAAAGAGGAGACACUGGACCAGUGGGGGAUGCUGGACCUGAAGGAGAAGAAGGAGCUUCUGGUUUCUCUGGAGGGAUGGGAGAACCUGGACUGCAGGGUGACCCCGGCGAGAGUGGAGAGCUCGGUCUGAAGGGCGACAUCGGCAUACAGGGACCCCGCGGCGGAGUCGGCGGUCCUGGUGAGACUGGUUCCAUUGGUGAUCAAGGACCUGCAGGACCCAGAGGAGGUAAAGGUAUCAAGGGGUCUCGUGGUGAACAGGGUAAACAUGGUAUUCAGGGAAAAGAUGGACUAAAGGGUCAGAUAGGAGCUCCAGGGUUUCCAGGGGACAUUGGAGAAAGAGGAUACACUGGAUAUCCGGGACAGCCAGGGAGGAUCGGACCAAGUGGACCCAAGGGCACCAAAGGUCAUGGUGGUCUUCCAGGUAGCGACGGAGAACCUGGAGAAGAUGGGCCUGUAGGAGUCAUUGGGUUCAUGGGGGACCCCGGUCCGUUUGGUGUCAAGGGCAGCAAAGGCGAUACUGGCAUCAAAGGGCGCCGUGGGCGUCUGGGGAGAGCGGGACCUCAAGGAGAAGCAGGAGAUGCUGGUGUGCCUGGAAAACCAGGAGUGAAGGGUCUGCAGGGCCAGACGGGUUCAAAAGGAGAAACAGGACCUGAUGGAGAAAAGGGUGCAGCAGGAAAGAAGGGGAUUAAAGGAGAAAAGGGGCAGAAGAACGCUGCAGGUGGUCGUGGAGACAAAGGACAGCGAGGUCCAAAAGGCGCACUCGGACGUGCUGGAGUCCCGGGCCCGGUUGGCCCACCAGGAGUACCAGGGUCCAGAGGAGAGCAAGGUCCAAUCGGUGAUCCAGGUGUUGUAGGCCGAGCUGGACCAAAAGGAGCUCCAGGACCAGUCGGUCCUGGUUUGACCGAUGAGCAGGUUCUGCAGCUCUGCAGAGGAGUGGUUACAGCCCAGCUCGCCCAGUAUGCCCAGUCAAUCCGAGCCAAAUGCUCUCAGGGCUGUCCCGUCAACAACCGAACUCUCAUUGGGCCCCCAGGAGCCCCAGGACCUCUUGGAGCCCCAGGAAAAGCUGGUAAAGCUGGAAAAGCAGGAGCGAAGGGAGGCAGAGGUGCUCAAGGUGACAGAGGGCUGGAGGGACAGGAGGGGGCUCAGGGUGCAAGAGGUCCAAAGGGACCUAAAGGCAAUGCUGGAGAUCCAGGUAAAGGCCUGCGAGGACUAGACGGGCCGCAGGGACUCCAAGGUUUGCCGGGUUACCCAGCAGAACCCAAGAAUGGCAUGGAGGGCCGCCGCGGCCCUCAAGGCUUCCCCGGUCCAGUGGGUCAGCAAGGAAUGAUGGGAAUUCCAGGUGUGCCGGGAUUUUGUGAAGCCAGAGACUGCAGCAUCUACGCACCUGUGAUGCGCAAAGAGCAGGGUCUGGUUAAAGGACCCACCAGCACAAAGAUCUGAACCUGAAUGAAUGUCACCAAGUUUGUUUGAUACUUGAUACUCUGUUACUUGUUUGAACCCAGUUUGAUAAUUAUUCCAUGUGGUUAUGCUAACAGAAAUCUGGAUUUAAGUGAGAAUAAGAAUAUUUGUGGCACAGACACCAAACUGGAAAAGCAUUUCCUUCAAGCAGAAAAAAAGAUUCAUGUGAACUCCAAAAUUGUGUUGUUAUAAAUGAAUAAAAUCUUUGUUUUUUUUACAAGAAAAAAUUUGGAAAAAAAAUCUGCAUAACCUGAAUUCAUUUUUUUAAUUAUUCAUUUAAAGAUAUAGUAUGCUGUGUAAAUAUUGUGUAAAAAAUAAAUCUGAAAACAUGUACUGAUCUAUAUAAAAACUUCUCAAAUAAACUAAUGUUUUUUUUACCCG